GAGUCGGGAACAACUAGCACAUAUGUGCGAGGGGAACCUUUACCUAACAACCAGUUUUCCCCCCCAUGGCAAUCUGUUCCUAACCUGGUUCGUCAAGUUGUCCAAAUGUGAUUGUGACUACUCACUGAAGAAUGACAGAAAUGUGUCUUCAAUUUUCAGCCCACAUAAAGGAAUUCUAAGGAAUGCUUGGCACUGCAGUUUACCAAUCUUUGUUCUGAAAGAAAAUGCUAGAUGCCAAAGCUUUGAGUCACUUAAAUAUUAAACCAAUUUAUCUACCAUAUUGACUUAUACAAGCUUGUUAGAAUUGCCAUAGGAGCCAUUUCUGCAGACCAUUCUACAACAAUUUAAAUCCUUUGUUGUCCACCUUUGUCAAAAUAAUGAAAUGCAAGAUAGUUUAAUCUAUUUCCUCUGCACAAUACAUAAUGGCAAUGUUGUAUCUCAAAGUCUGUGUCUUCCCUUUCAAUGAAUAACUUUUAAUUCAAAUUUCCAUAUUUCAAAGUAGGUCUCUACAUGCCAGAAUAAGUAUACAAACUUUCCUCAGAUGUUAAUUUCAAACUCCUUUUAACUGCAUUUCCUAGGCACCAACACAAAAGUUGGAAGUCAGUAGUAGCAUUUCUGUGCUAAAAAGAUGCAUGCUUUAAAUUUAUUUUUUUCAGCAUUCAUUUUUACAUUAUCUUGUUAUUGCUACUUAUAAUUAUCAAACAUAAAUACAAAAAAUGUUGAGUUGUAGCACUCAAGCACAGAAAUGUGAUGAUUCAUUGUGUAGCAGUCAAGCACAGAAACAUAGUGAUUCAUUCAGGAGAUAGGAAGAGGAUUAUCCUAAACAUUGGACGCAUUUAAAACACAAUUUAUGAAGUUCCAUUGUUCAGGUAUUUUAUCUCACACGCAUUCUGAAAUAGUAAAUAUAUAUGUAAAGAAAACUUUCCACACACAACUUUGUUUUGAACUUUCAGAGAAGUUUUCCCACUAUCUUGCCUGGAUUUUCCAUCAUGCAUAGGUAUACAUAAUAGAGACACUAAAAAUUGCAAUCACGUGUCUAGUGUGUAUAUACAAGCAAUUUAAGAAAUUUAAAGCAUACAUAAAUAGGGGAAAGUGAAAAUGUAUCGUUUAAAGAUGACAAGCUACGUGGGUCACGAAGCCAUUUCGCGCGUUAUUUUGUUAGCCUUUUGUUAGAGCAUUUCAUCAUACGCGAAGGCUUAAAGCUACUACACAACCGUCUACAAAUCCCAGCAAAGCUUUUCAUGGACAGGCGUUGCAGAGAUGGAAACCGCGGGAACGGAGAGGACAUUCCCCCCCGCCCCGCCGCCGCUUCAUUUCGCCACCGCGGGAACAAAGUGAGUUGGAGCAGCAAUCCCUUCGCGCUCCCGCUCGGCGUCCUUCUCCUCGCUGCAGGCGCCCUCUUCUUUUCUCCUGCUACGGCUGCAACUCCAGCAUACCGGCCGCAGCAGGAAGAGCAGCGGCGGCGGCGGCGUUUCUCGUGUCCUGAAGCCGAUCGGGCCCCCAGUCAAUUGGAGCGGAGUGGGAGGGGCAGCCUGGGAAAGCCACAGCCCGACAUGGGUCUUCGGCGAGGUAGCUCGCAGCCCUUGCUGCCAACUUGGCCGCGGCGCACCGCAGCUCUCCGGGUUCCAAGCCGCUCUCCCGCCUCUCGCAGCGGAAAUUGAGGGGAGGACCGGGUGGGGGGGUGGCCGCCGCCGCAGCUGCCCUCCUCCUGUGAGCGGGAAGGGGGAGUCGUCCCACUCUACUCGGUCCCUGUAGCCUACCCCCCCCUCCCCUCUCCGCCCCGGUUGGCCGCUUCUUACGCGCCAGGCCCCGAGCGCAGCCCGGCGUCCCCUCCUUUCCCACUCGGAUGAUGGACAGGAACUACCCACCAGCCCCCAGCUACCCUGAUCCAUUGGGUUCGGCCGCCUCCGCGUCUUCGCAACCCGCCACCGUCUGGGCCUAUGAACGGGGCGUCAGCAGCCUCAAGCCCAGUUUAAACUAUGGAGGAGGACAUUCAUCACACUCUGAAGCGGAUCUUCUUAGACAAACAUAUGCAGCUUCUCAGCAGCUUCCUGUGUACACUACCACACCCCAUCCUUCUGGUCUUCCUGGAAUUUUUGAUAAUUCUACGCACAGUAGCAAUAGCAACACUAAAGAAGCAUCGGUUAUGAAUUUUCUCUCUGCAAUCGAAUCUCGCAAUACUCAGACUGUUUCUUCGGGAACAACUCUUUUACCACAAUUUAGGGCGCCUACGUGGCAACCAGCAGGCAUGCAUCCAUCAUCUGAGCUUUUUGUUACUGGAGCCCUGCCAACAUCUGGAACCUUUCCAUCAACCUCAGUUUAUCAACAUCCCAAUGCUUUUAGCAGUAGAAACUUUGUUACUACUCCUUCUUUAACACUUCAGGAUACAACUUUUAGUCCAACCUCAAAUGGGCUUCUAACUGCUCAUGACCCCUUAUUGCAGAUCAAGACACCCCAAGGCACAGUUCCCCCUGCACUGACUUUUGACCGUCUGGGCAGUUACGUUUUAAGUACCAGCAUACCACCACAAUCUUCAACAUACCGUUCUGCUCAAGAGUCUGCACCACAUCUCCUACAGCCACAGUUCAGUCUAUUGCCUUCGUCACUUGGUGGAGGACCUCAGCAGACUCCACAGGUGUAUAACUCAACUCUGUUUACUGGUUCUACUGCCUCCAUUGAAAGAGCACUGCAGCGCGAAUGUAGUGUAAUUAAACACCAUCAGCGGCCUUCAAACACACAGUCUGUUCAGGCACAACUGACUAGUUCACAGCAUUCCCUACAGAACUAUUUACCAAGUACAGAUGAAUCUGAUUUUCAGGAUGCACCCCGCCCAUCAACUUGUAGCCCAGCUGGCGAUGCUACUCAGGUGAGCAGUAGUGGCCCACAGCAGAAAACCUCUCAGGUUUCAGUGGAACUUUCACAGUCGUAUGCAUCAGCAGUUCCAUCACCAGGUUUCCAAUCUGUUUCCACUACAAAGGCAAAACAGUGUUCUACAAAGCAACCAACAAGGUCAACAAAGACACCUAAACCACAAAGUGCAGCCCCUUCUGUACAGACACAAAGCUAUUCCAAAAUUGCACACAACCAGAACUCUGUAAUAUCUGGUCAAGCACAAAUCUAUUCUACAGCACAGCUCCCAAGUCUCCUCUCAGUAAGUCAGUCACAAAAUUAUAUUUCAACACAGUCACAGAAUGUGCCACCUGUUAGUCAUGCGCAAGUAUUCUCAACCAUCAAGACUGAAAAAUUGCCAUCACUAUACAAAACACUUUCUUUUGCUGGGCAAUCAGAAGUUACUACGUCCGAAAGCCAGGCAUUACCAUACACUUCUGAUCAACAGGUAUUAACCUCAGUUUCAAAUACCUUCUCUGGGCAAACAAGGGAUCUUUCUUCUAGCAGCCAGUCUGAAAAUUAUUCUUCUAGUCAUUCUCAGGGUAUGUCAACAAUUAGCCAGCCACAGAUUAGCUAUUCAUCUCAGUCACAGGUCUUGUCAGUUGUUAGUCCUUCGGAAACAUUUUCUUCUCAUAUUCAAAACUUAUCAACUACAAGUCCUCCUCAGAAUUAUAUUUCAUUGCAUUCUCAGGUACAAGAAUCGUCCUCUUCACAAUCUCAAAAUUUUUUGCCAGUUGUACAGUCAACUCCUUUUGAAGUAAGACCUAAUUCACCAGCAUUGCAGAACAAUAGAUCUUCCUCAGAUACAAAGUCAUACAUUAAAAGGAAAUCUGAUCCUAAUUUGUAUCAAACAUCUAAACAAGAUGAUCAGUUUCCAAUGCAUAAUUUUCAGGCACUGCAACAGCAAGCAUCUCUUGAUUCCUCUCCUCAGAGACUUACUGACGGUGAGAUUAAUGCUCAGGAUACAACUUAUAAAGUUUCCAAAGCAGAUAAUCGCUACUCUCAAAGUGUAAUCAGAAGUAACUCUCGUCUUGAAGAUCAAAUUGUUGGGCUUACUUUUCAAGGGUCAAAAAAAGAGGAAAUCAUGGUUAAUUCUGUAACACAAAUCAGCCAUAUUACCAAUACAGGGAAUCAUGAUAUUAAAAAAGCAGGUAGUUUACUGUCAACAGCACAAGUAAAUGCAGACAGUAAAGAACUUAACCAGCAAGAGUCUCUUAUGCACAAGGUACAUGAAGUUAAAGUCUCAGAGCAACAGAUUCAUGCUGUUAGUUCACCAUCUCAGCUUCAUACUCAGCCCAUACGACAAAGCCAUCAGCUAAGCCUGCCUACUUCACAGGUACUUCUAGAAUCCCCCUGUGAUUUACAAAUGCUUCAGCAGUCAAUAUUGCAAUCUGGUUUAGGAUACACAAAAAGUGUUCCACAAGUGCAGCACAUUAUGAAUUCUCAGCAGUAUCUACAAGUGGAUGGUCAUAUGAUUCAAGGUAAUGGAAGGCAUUCUCAGGAGCAGCUUCAUUCACAACACACUGAAGUUUUGAAAGUUAACCUUUCUGAACCAUCAAAGCCAUUACAGCAUCAUAUGACACCCAAAGAUCAUUUUGGACAGCCAAAUCAUGAAUCUAAGAAUCAAUUUGUUCCCCUUAGUUCUGUAUGUUUUCCAGAAUCUGUACUACUCAAUGAUGAAAGGAAUAUAUUGUCUAAUGUAGAUGAUAUCUUAGCAGCCACAGCUGCAGCUUGUGGAGUAACACCAUCUGAAUUUGCAAAAUCAACUGCCAAUGAGGAAGAAAUUCAAUCAGUUGAAAAUGGAGAUAUUCCUAAAUCUCAAUUUCAUACAAUAGAUGUCAGACACCUGACUCCUAGCUUCAACUCAUCCCCUGCACUUCCUGGAAAGCCACUUAAUAAUAUUUCUUUAAAUGGAGGCCAUGUUACCCUAAAUUUAACAGCAGUGCCUGCAGAUCAGACAAAAGAUAGGAACCUUGACCAACAACACAUUGAGAUUUCUGCCCAAGGUGUUCCCACUAGAAUUACAACAGUUGAAAUUGAAAGAAGGCAGGAACAGGUUUCUAAUCAAGUUAAGCAACAGUCCAGCACCAGGAGUGAAUCUGAAGCUAAAAACAAUGUUCAUAUGGAUGGACCAUUAAACAUUAAAGAUAUAGACCUUAUUUCAAGUAGGACUCUAAAUGAAGAGAUUACAGUGUCAAAAACAGAUUAUAGCAUGGCAAGUGACAAUGCUGAUGUUCCACUGCAACAAAUACCUAUGCAGCAUCCAAGAAAUGAAAAUGGUAAUAAUACUGAAGACAAGAGCCAACUUUUUUCAGAAGAGGACCCUCAAAAGCAAAAGGACAGAGGACAGAAUCAAAUUAAAAAUGUCAAUGAAGUUGAUACAAAUCAGAAGCUAUUGAAACGAAGUGGGCAGUGCAAACGUCAGAAUUCAAGAGGCAUUGAUGCCAACUCUCCUGUUCCUGAAAACUGUCAUGAAACUUACCAACAUCAAGAAAAAAUGAGGCAGAAAAUUAAAGAGGUGGAAGAAAAGCAGCCAGAAGUGAGAACAGGAUUUAUUGCAUCUUUUUUAGAUUUCUUAAAAUCUGGACCCAGACAGCAGUUUUCAGCACCUGCUAUCCGUGUUCCUAAUCGUGUAAGAAGACCUGUCACCCCACUUAUUAGAGUACCAACAGCGACUUCAUCUUUUGAUAGCUUUGCUGAAAAUUCAGUUAAGAACAAUUAUGAAGAUCCUAAGAUAAAGUCAGAAGCCCUGCCUUAUUUUUCUUUUGAUAACGAUAAUGUGAGGAACAACAAAGAUUACCAAAAGAGCAUAUAUUCUCCUUUAUCAUCAUCUGAUACAAAGAUAAAGUCAGAAAUUGACAAAACAUAUUCUCAAGCCAUCACUAAUACUGUCGUAAAGAAGGAAGCUUCCCAAAUGACUGUUACGGUGACAGAUCCUCAGGUGAAAACCUGUGCAGCACAAUUUAAAACGGAGAGUGUUCUUACAGAGCCAUUAGCAAAACCUCAAGUAUUGGUUGCAAUAGAAGGAUAUACUGAAGAUGACCAUGGAGACAGUGACGGCGAAGGCAUAUACAGAGAACGUGAUGAAUUUGUAGUGAAGAUUGAAGAUAUAGAACCACUAAUGGCUGCUUUUAAAAGAGGAGUGGAGCCUCCAGCCAUCUGGAAAGUUCAAAAGGCUUUGCUGCAAAAAUUUGUACCUGAAGUACGAGAUGGACAAAGAGAAUUUGCAGCGACUAAUAGUUAUCUUGGAUAUUUUGGAGAUGCAAAAUUGAAGUAUAAACGAGUAUAUGUGAAGUUCAUAGAAAAUGCAAACAGAAAAGAGUAUGUCAGAGUAUGCUCCAAGAAGCCAAAAAAUUCACCUGUACAGUCUGCAAGAAUUGCUCACUGUAAGCCAAGUAUGAACAUCACUAAAGUUCCUGAUCCCCCAGUGCCAAAAACGGUUACAACAAAAGUUACUUCAGUGAAACCCAAAGCAAAACAGCCAAAGACAAAGGCUGAACCACCACCAAAAAAACGCAAAACAUGGAAAGAAGAAUCACCCUCUACUCUUCAGCCGCAGAGUGAUGAGGAAGACACUGAACCACCAGCACCUAUUGUUGCCCGUUUUUUGAACACCAGAGCUAUGAAGGAAACAUUUAGGAAUUAUAUGGAACUGCUUGUCAGCCUUGCCUUGGAUCCAGAUACUAUGCAGGCAUUGGAGAAGAGUAAUGAUGAGCUGCUUUUGCCUCAUAUGAGAAAAAUUGAUGGCAUGCUGAAUGACAAUAGAAAAAGGCUGCUUUCCAAAUUACACUUAGAGCGACCAUUCAAGGUACUGAUAAUUAUAUUUCAUUAAUAGUUUGCCACUUUCAUGAAUUCUUUUAUAGAAAUUAAAAAUUAGUGGAGCAAAGCAAAUAAGCCUUUUUUAAAAAAUUAGGUUCUUUAUUUUUUCUAU